AUGCGCAAGAGCGUGGAGUCUCCCAGGGGCAGACAGAAAGCCCACUUCAAGCCCGUGGUGAAGCUGGAGGCAGAGCGUGUUGAGAAGCCGAAGCCAGAAGACCCUCAGGUCUCCGGGGAGCCAGGCUUAGAGGUGACAGGAAGCCCCAGGGCUUACCAAGGCAGAGAGCAGGGGUGGCAGGAAGGGUGGCAUUGCCUGGGCUGUGGGGCCGCGGCACCUCCCCCAGAGCCGUCUGCUCCAGAGCAGAAGCCGGACCCGCAAACAGAACCCACCGUGACCUUCCUGUUUACCCUCCUGAGCACGGCGGAGCCCACCGAGUCCAAAGACCCUGAAGAGGACUUAGAGACCCAGGAGUGCCGGUUCCUGGACAAGGAAGACUGGGGGCCCCGGCAGACCUCAAAGGAAAUCAGCCAUUUGCAGAAUGAUUGCAUGAGACUUUGGGAGUUACUGAGCUCUAUCCAAGCAGACAACCGGGCCCUGGGGGAGAAGCUGCAAAACCUGGUAAGGCCCUCAGCCCAGGACCCCCUUUCUUUGUGGUGCCUCCUCCCUGCCUCCCAGCCCAGUGAGGCACCUCCGACAGUCCUGCCUGGUCGGGAACCCACCUCUGGGCCCUGCAACCCUUUGUUCCAGCCGACCUUGUCAUAUGAGAGCCUAAGGAAGGAAGCAAAGGUCCUCGAGGAGGAAGUGAAGGCUGUUCUGGAGGGAGCCCAGGCUGUCUCAGACGGAGCCCACCUCUUCCCCGAGGGUGCUCAGGUCUUCCCAGAGGAUGCCCAGGCCCUACAGGAGGAUGCCCAGGCCAUCCAGGGGGUGGCAUUGUUCCAGGUGCACGGGCAGCCCCACUGUGGCCCGUGGGGAGGAAGGGCACACCUUCCCCAGCCGUUCACUCAGCAGCCUGUGCCUGUAGCAACCCAGCUCCCAGCAGGCAGCCCUGUUCCUCCUGUAGCCUGGGGCUCCCACGGCCCACAGACACCAGCGUCAGCCGUGGCCGCGCCCCAGGCUGGAGACUAGACACUUUUCUGGGAAGCCAUGCCAGCGGCUCCUCUCCAGGCCACAGAAAUAAACUUCUCCAAAGCUGA